AUGAAGUUCCUCUAUACCUCUUCUCUCGUUUCUCUCUGUCUCCUUUUAUCCUCAACUGCUGCCUCUCCAGCUAUCCGUCCAGGCAGUACCACACUUAGCCCUGUGCCUGAACCUGAGGUUCAAGCUCAGAAUGUCCCCAACGACAUGGCCUCCCGUCCAACCCCAGCUAAACCUGUGGCUCAGCCUGAAUCUUCUCCUCAGGCAGAAGCUCUUCGUGAAGAGGAUGUGGAAUCAUCAUCUUCAGAGGAUGAGCUCCUGUCUGGAACUCACCGUGUUCACAAAGCUUCCCCCGAGCAAGGAAAUCUGUGCAAGACUGGUGACUCCUAUUGCUGCAACGAGGAGCAUGGAAAGAAUACUUGCGUCAAGUCUCGCACUAGCUGUGAACAGAAGGUUAUUUGUUGCAAUAACGACCAUGGGUACCAAUUCUGCAUGGGAGACAUCAACUUCAACAUGCCCAUUACCUUCAACAUUAACUUUGAUUUUUAA